AUGAAGCCACCUGCUAUCUAUGUCCUGUGGGCCCUGCCCCAGAGCAUGCUGGGUCCUAUCUGGAAGCAAGGAACUGAGGAUGGCCUCUGGCCAACAGCUAGCAAGACCCUGAGGCCCUCAGUCCAACAGACCAUGAGGAACAGUAUCCCACCCACAGCGUCCCCAGUGGAACCCAGGUCAGAAACCGGAAGUGAGUUCACACUGCUGUUCAAGCCGGUGCAGGCUGCACUGGACUGGCAGUGCCACUGGGGCAGACAGGGGGCUGCUAUGGGCACAUCAAAGACUGUGUCAUCUGAGACGAUGAAACAUGUUGCUUUGUCUACAGGACCCAGCUUGGAAUUACCUGUCCCAGAGCAAGAGUCGAUGGAGCUGGGCCACGGAGCAGGUACAGCCACUCCGGCCAGAGCCCACAUGAACAACAAGGAGGGCCAGCAGGUCGCGGCCCCCUGGAAGACUGCCUGCAGCUCCCUGGACACCUCCAAGUUCAAGUACCAGGUCCCACUCUCCCCACCGACACCCCUGCCCCGGGGAGGCAGAAGCCGAGGCAACCCCGGAGGGCAGCGCCACCUGGAGGAGACCUGCCCCCCACCCCCAACCGCUCUCAGCGCGGAGUCUCCGGGGAUGGACAUGCACCCUGAGUCCCUGAAGAAGGAGGGCUCCAGGUCCUCCUUGAGAGAGAACAGGACCACCUUUCGAGAGGCGGCUCAGCCAUGCCAGGGGCUGGAUGAAGGUCCCAGCCCGGGGGCCCAGGACCAGAGGAGCAGGCCUGUGAGCCAGAAAGGCAGCGUCAUUCCGAACAACAUUCGCCACAAGUUUGGGAGCAAGAUGGUGGACGAGCUGCUCUCCGAGGAGCAGGCUCGAAAGGCUGUUGGUGAAGGCUUCGAGGGCCAGAAGAGGGCCAGCUCAUGGCCCAGCAGGACCCAGAGUCCUCUGGAAAUCUCCUCCAUCUUCAAAGACUACUAUGAUCUGGGCUACAACAUGCGGUCAAACCUGUUUCAAGGGGCCCCUGAGGAGACAAAGAGCCUCAUGAAAGAUUCGUACACACCAGAAGUGAUUGAGAAAUCAGUGAGGGACAUAGAACACUGGCACGGCAGGAAGACGGAUGAUCUGGGACGGUGGCACCGGAAAAAUGCUAUGAACAUGAACUUGCAGAAAGCACUGGAUGAGAAAUAUGGAGACAAGAGCAAAUCCCGGAGCUCGAAGUACUAGACACAACACAGAAGA